UUCAAAAGCUGUGAAAGUAAACAGACGCGCUUUUCAUUUUCGCAUGUGGUUUGAAAGAAAAUUAAUAAUCUUGUGAAAUUCAAUUUUCCUCUCUUCUUAAAUUUCCUUUUCCUUUAAAAAAAUCAAUUUUUUCGAGGAUUGGUGCGCGAAGAGAAAUGAAGAAAAACUACAACCUUAAUAAUAUUGAGGGUGAAAGUGAUCACAAAGCCACGGAGAAUGGAAAAACCCUCAAUGGAACAACUUUUGUUGCCGGGGAGAAGGCUACAGAACAACCUCCUGAUGGUCAAGAAGAAGAGAAGCCAGAUGACGUUAAGCCCCUUAACUUUUUCUCCUUGUACCGCUAUGCUACACCAAAGGAUCGUGUAUUAAUCUGCAUUGGGUUACUAGCUGCAACAGCAUGUGGCCUAUGUACACCUGCCAAUACUCUUAUUUUCGGGCGCUUGAUCAAUGCAAUGGUAGGACAAGCACCCAAUGGAACAAUGCCAGAAGAUGGACAAGGUAUGGAAGGUAUGGAAAAUCCAAUGGAACUAAUGGUGGAAGCUUUUCUCAAUGAGAUUCAAUUUUUCGCAAUUGCCAACACUGUUAUUGGCGUUAUAAUGCUUGUUGGGAGCUACAUAUCGACAACGGCCUUCAACUAUGCCGCCCAUAAUCAAAUUUUUACAAUUCGUGGAAAGUUUGUCAAGUCGGUAUUGAGUCAGGAAAUUGGAUGGUACGAUAUGAAUAAGAGUGGAGAAUUUGCAAGUCGCAUCAAUGAAGAUCUCACAAAACUUGAGGAAGGUUUAGGAGAGAAAGUUGUCAUGUUUGCCAUGUUUAUGGUGGCAUGUGUGUCCUCAAUAAUCAUUGCCUUUGUGUAUGGAUGGCUACUAGCUCUGGUCUGCCUUGCCAGCUUGCCUGUGACAAUGAUCUCCGUGGGAGUUGUUGGAGUUUUCACGUCUCGCCUAUCGAAGAAGGAAGUUGAAGUUUACGCAAAGGCCGGUGGAAUUGCUGAGGAAGUUUUUGGUGCUAUUAGAACAGUUGUUGCCUUUGGGGGACAAGAAUUGGAGUGUGAUCGUUACAAAUCACGCCUCUGUGCCGCCAGGCAGAUCAAUAUUAAGAAGAAUUUCUUCAUGGGCUUGGGAUUUGGGCUUCUCUGGUUCUUCAUCUAUGCUUCAUAUGCAUUGGCCUUUUGGUAUGGUGUCGGUCUUGUUCUGGACUAUAUGGACUACCCACCAGAGGAGCAAACCUAUGAUGCAGGCAUUAUGUUUAUUGUUUUCUUCUCCGUUAUGAUGGCUGGAAUGAACAUGGGUAUGUCAUCACCCUAUAUUGAGUCCUUCACUCUUGCCAUGGGUACGGGAGCUAAGGUGUACAGUAUCAUCAAUAGAGAGUCUGAAAUUAAUGCCUGGUCUGGAGUUGGUGAGCGUCCAAAAACAAUUGAGGGAAAUCUGAGCUUGCACAAUGUGCAUUUUAACUAUCCGAAUAGGAAGACAGUGAAGGUGCUCAAAGGUGUUGAUUUGAAUAUAAAACGCGGUGAAACUGUUGCCUUAGUUGGACCCUCGGGUUGUGGAAAAUCCACAACUAUUCAACUAAUUCAACGCUUCUACGAUCCACACGAAGGAAAGGUAACGCUCGAUGGGAGGGAUAUACGUGAUCUCGAUGUAGCAUGGCUUCGAUCGCAAAUUGGUGUUGUGGGACAAGAACCUGUGCUAUUUGGUACAACAAUCUACGAGAAUAUUCGAUAUGGAUAUGAGAAUGCAACGAAGGAGCAAAUUGAAGCUGCUGCAAAGGCUGCCAAUGCACACAACUUCAUCAAAACUCUGCCGGAGGGAUAUCAUACACUUGUUGGAGAACGCGGUGCUCAAAUGUCGGGUGGACAGAAGCAGAGAAUUGCCAUUGCAAGAGCACUUGUGCGAAAUCCAGAUAUUCUUUUACUGGACGAAGCUACAUCCGCUCUGGAUACACAAAGUGAGGCCAAAGUGCAAGCAGCUCUUGAAAAUGCCAGCAAAGGUCGUACAACUAUUAUUGUAGCUCAUCGAUUGUCAACGAUCAGGAAUGCCGAUAGAAUUUAUGUCUUCAAAGAUGGGCAGAUUGUGGAAUCGGGAACACACAGGGAGCUAAUGGACAAAAAUGGAGAAUACUUUGCAUUGGUUACCUCUCAAACAGGAAACUCUGAGCGCGAUGGGCAACUUGUGAAGAAGAACGUGACAAUGGACAGUGUUGAUGAUGAUGAGGAGAUUAUUGAUAUCAUGACAGAAGACACAGAUGUGGAUGAUAUGGCUCCUAGGAUUUCCAUGUGGAAGGUCAUGAAAUGGAAUCACCAGGAGUGGCCUUACAUCCUCAUUGGAUCUAUUGCUAGUGUAAUAAUGGGAGCAGCUAUGCCGUUAUUUGCCUUAAUCUUUGGAGAGGUUGUCGGUGCCCUGGCUCAGGAUGAUAGAGAUCAAAUUCGUGCCGAUGCUAAUACGUACAGUUUGUACUUUUUAAUUGUUGGCAUUGUGGUGGGACUUGCGACAUUCCUUCAAAUUUACACCUACGGUGUUGCAGGAGAAUACUUGACUGAACGUGUACGUGAUUGGUCUUUCAGAGCAAUGCUAAAGCAAGAGAUUGCGUGGUUUGACAAGAAAUCCAAUGGAGUAGGAGCUCUUUGCUCUAAGCUCAGUUCAGACGCAACUGCCGUACAGGGAGCAACUGGACAAAGAAUUGGAACUGUUUUGUCGUCUGUUAGUACACUUCUCAUUGCCAUUGGGAUUGCCAUGUUUUACGAAUGGCGCCUAGGACUCGUGGCAUUGGCCUUUUCGCCACUACUUGUUGUAGGCAGCUAUCUUGAGAUGAAAUUUAUGGAGCAAGAAAAUAUGGGAAAUGCCAAGGCUCUCCAAAAGUCCACGAAGCUUGCCGUGGAAGUUGUCUCCAACAUUCGGACCGUAGUCUCUUUAGGUCGAGAACCGCAAUUUCACAAGCAGUAUGUUGAUCUUCUAAUCCCAGCUGCUAGGCAGUCGAAGAGGAAUACCCAUAUUCGUGGGUCCGUAUACGGCCUUUCCCGUUCAGUGAUGUUCUUCGCUUUUGCAGCUUGUAUCUACUACGGUGGACAACUCAUUGCAUGGGGCAUAACGGACAUCACGAGUGUUUUUGUGGUAACACAGGCUCUCAUUAUGGGCACAAUGUCUAUUGCUGGUGCCUUUGCGUAUGCCCCGAAUUUCCAGAAGGGUAUCAUUGCUGCGGGUAAAGUGGACGCCAUAAUGAAUCGCAUACCUCAAAUCCGUGAUCCUCAUGAAGUGAAGAAGAAGGAAUGGACCGCCUAUGGAAAUCUCACAUUCUUCGAGACACAGUUCUUCUAUCCUUCGCGCCCAUCGAGUCAGGUGCUGAAGGGGCUCAAUCUUAGUGGUAUCCAGGGGCAGACAAUUGCUCUAGUGGGUCCAUCCGGUUGUGGCAAAUCCACGUGCAUUCAGCUCCUUGAACGUUUCUAUGAUGCCACAAAUGGCUAUGUUGCCAUUGAUGAAAGUCGUGUGACGGAUGUGACGCAGAAGAAUUUGCGCUCACAGUUGGGAAUUGUAUCGCAAGAGCCGUCCCUCUUUGACCGUACCAUUGCUGAGAACAUUGCCUACGGGGACAAUACGAGGAAUGUACAGGAAAAUGAUAUUAUUGAGGCUGCCAAGAAGGCAAACAUUCACAACUUUAUCUCAUCACUGCCUCUGGGGUAUGAGACACGACUCGGCGACAAGGGGACCCAGCUAUCGGGUGGUCAGAAGCAAAGAGUGGCCAUUGCGAGAGCGCUCAUUCGGAAUCCCCGCAUUCUUUUGCUGGACGAAGCCACAUCGGCACUUGACAUGGAAAGUGAGAAGAUUGUUCAGGAAGCACUCGAUGCGGCUCGUGAGGGACGCACUUGCGUCACAAUUGCCCACCGUCUCACCACAAUUAUCGACGCCGACGUUAUUUUUGUGAUAAAUGCCGGGAAAGUUGUGGAACAGGGAACUCAUAGGGAAUUGUUGGAUAAACGUGGCAUGUACUACGACCUAUAUACCCUCCAAGCUGCUCCUGAGUAAAGAAAGAAAAAAAAACACUGCCACUCCAACAACAAUUCCAUGAGACAUUUUCCUGAACAAAAUCCAACUUUUCUUUCCCCCAUUAGAUGUUGUAAGUUAAUUUUUUAGGACCCUAAGGUAUUCCCUUUUAGUAAAAUGCAAGUAUUUUCUCUUGAAGUUUUUUUUUUCUAGAAUUCUACAUUUUUUUUUCUGUUAGUUCCUAAAAACAAAGAGAAAUAUAUUUUGUGAAAUAAAAGAAAAGUGAAAUACUUUCUAAUAUAAUAAGAUCAUUUUAUGUAUAUUUUGUAUGAUUUCAGAAGAAAAAAAUCUACCUCUUACAUCUACAUACAUAUACAUUAUUACACACAAUGUAAUUUAAAAAAAAAAACAAA